UUUGCGGCCGCAGGACUGUGGUAGCGUGGUCGUUCUGUGGCGUGGGUCGGUGUUCUGGCAAGUGUUCUGUGGGUCGGUCAAUCUAGCGUGUAGAGCAAGUGGUGGUCAGAGCGCAUUCAAGUUUUACACAUAGACGAGCGCAUAGCGGUCACCGCCACAUAUUAGCAAGAUGGAACCGCAGAAGAAACGGAAAAAGCGCGGAAGGUAUAAAAAGUAUCUGAAUCCAAGCAGUGUAUGCAGUGUGCCCAGAUCAACAGACUCAUCAGCUAGGCUGCGGCUCGCUAAAACUGAAUCCAUAAAGGAUGGCUCACACAAUAAAAGUUCGGAUGAAGGUCCGCUGGAUUCGCGGCCGCCCGUCGGUCAAGCGGAGUACACGGUACCGCAAAAUGCGACAUCGAUGGCCGCUGCGGUGUUGGCGGCGGACAGUGCUGUGCAGCAUGCGAAUAAUGACGACGAUGGGCAGCGAUUCCGAUGGAGCGAGCAGCCUAUGUUCUAGAACGCUGACAUCUCCGCAGCCAGCCAUUCCGGGUGAUCGAAGUGAACGACAGAGAGAUCUGCAAGAUAUAGAUGAUGGAGGUGAUUACAGUGGAGACUGUGCCGCCACUGUGUAUGAUCCAUGUGGUGCAAAUCAUUUCAUCAGUGAUGAUGACAACACAGAUUUUGGCAGUUGUGAUGACACAACUGACCCUACAACAAUGGGCACUCAACAUGAUACUGUGGACAGCGUGACUCGGGGCGUGUUUCUAUCUGAAUGUAACAGUGAAGUGUGUGAUGUGGCUGAUGGCAUAGACAGUGAGGGACCUUUCAAUGGAAACUUGUCAACCGAUGCCGACACAAACAGGACACAACUUGGAGAUUUGUUUCAGGAGGUCCUGAAUGAAAAGAUUGUCGUUUCAAAAGGCGAGAUGCUUUUGAUGAUAUUUAAACAUGCCAUAAAAAGUAAUUUGUCUUUUACAGCAAUGGUGAGUUUGAUUGAAAUGGUCAACAUGUUUUUUGAACGACCUGUUCUGCCACAUUCACGAUACCAGCUUGGCAAGCUUUUUUCAGAGCAUGGCACCGAGAUGAGUUUUCAUUUCAUUUGUGGUAAAUGUUCGACAGUGCACGAGGUCGCACAAUCCUAUGCUCAGUCGAGUCAUUGUCAAAAAUGUGGCUGGGCUCUAGCUUCCUCAGUAAACAGCGAAUCAUUUUUUGUCCUAUUGGAUGUCCCCUCUCAACUUCGAAAGGUUUUAAAGAAUUGCAGCUUUCUUGACCUGACAAAGCCCUUAAGUCAAAGCAGUAACCUUUCUGAUAUUUGUGAUGGAGAAUUAUAUCGCAAAUUUGUUUCUGCUACAGUAGACGAAGGGCACAGGAUUAGCUUUACAUUAAAUGCAGAUGGCACACCACUAUUUUCAUCCAGCAACACUUCAAUUUGGCCUAUACAGCUAUACACGAGCCAUAACUACUCGUCAAAAAAAAAGACUAACAGUUCUGUCGUACGCCUUGCUGACCAAUCAUAUGCGGUUAUAGAAACAAUUCUUAUGAAACAAGGCGAAGUGUACAUUGCAGCCAGGCGCCUCCACUGCUCAGCAGUAAAAUAUAGCACCUUAGUGAUGGAACAUUUGGUGAAGGUUCAAAGAGAAGCAGCAACAACAACUCUUGUAUCAGCAUCAGAAAUUUUCAGUGUUUGUGCACACAUGCAAGUAGGCCCGAACAUAUUCAUUUCACCCGUGCCUAGCUCGUUCACAAUGUAAAUUUUCAAAUCUGGUGUGCAAUUCUAAUAGACCAUUUUCAAGCACACCAUCGCCACUAACAAGUGCGGAAGCACUCACGGGUAAAGUUGGUAUGCCAGAGCAGCCAACGGCAAGAAGUAUGCGGGCCUCACGCUUUACCGCUUGCGUCAUUCCAGGACUUCUUAGAGACCUUGAAUUUGGCUAGGUGCAACAUAUUACUGCGUAAUUCAAUUGCGAACUUCAGUGUUCAGCUGCGAGGGCUUCUCGACUAUUUCCAUCAGUCUCACUAUAGGAUUUUUUAAGUGGCUCAGAAGUGUCAUCCCCCUUUUGUUUUCCUUUAUGGCAAAAAAUGAAAUAAAAUAGAUACACUCUGUUGCCUAUGAAACGCUCGAGCAGUCCUACAUUUGGAACCAAUGUCCACUGACACUGUCUACGAGUAGAAUGUGAGGUUCUGAUUUUGAAGAGUUCUAUAGAAAGUAUAGUCCGCAUUUAAUAAAAUAAGAUACAAUCACUGAACGGCCGUGUGUGUUGCUUGCACCAUAUGUGAUGAUUUGAUUUGUGGGGUUUAACGUCCCAAAACCACGAUAUGAUUAUGAGAGACGCCGUAGUGGAGGGCUUUGGAAAUGUCGACCACCUGGGGUUCUUUAACGUGCACCCAAAUCUGAGCACACGGGCCUACAACAUUUCCGCCUCCAUCGGAAAUGCAGCCGCCGCAGCCGGGAAUCGAACCCGCGACCUGCGGGUCAGCAGCAGAGUACCUUAGCCACUAGACCACCGCGGCGGGGCUUCCACCAUAUGUGUAACGAACGAUACGUGUCUACUAACCUUCAUUGGCACUAUAACUACAAGUUGGGAUUGUACUAGAGCAAAUAAAAAGCAGGACAAAAAAGGGGAUACAAAUUCUCUUACAUAUAUCAAUUAAUUCAAAUAUUUGUAGCUUCUUCAUUAUUCACGGGCAAAGUACAUCCAUAUUUAUCUUUCUUAGCCUUGCCAACCAAUUUUUGCAGACAGAUGCAACAAUGCACAGGAUCCCCUGCCUCUUUGAGGCAAUCGAUUUGUAGCUGGAAACUACUGCUCAUUUUAUGUGAGCAAGUUUUUUUUUUUGAUGCCGUGUGUAGCAUGACGUUACAAUACCUCGUUUAGCAAUAUUCGAAUGCUCUGACAUGAAAUUAAGACACUGGUUUCGAUGAACCAGUCGUGCAACCUAAAAUCAGGUACCAAGAAACAGCAAAUUAUCAUAGCAAGGAACCUCACAAAUAAAUUCUAGUUCCGUUCCUUUUUAAACGCAUUUAGAAUGUGCUCACUUCUUUGCACAGUGCAAAGAAGUGAGCACUUGUGAAUUAAAAUAAAAUAAUCACUGUACCUAAACACUGUAAAACCUUUCUGCUGUUUUGUUAAACCCGAUCAUGGACAAUUAAUUGUUAAUCGUUGAACAAGUAAUCAUUUAUAAUUAUGGAUUUGGUGUUCCAGCUCCCACUGCUCACGAUAGCACGUUUUGACUUAUGUAUCGGCAUGUGAUCAUUCAUUCGCGUGCCGACUGUAUCAUUCCUUUAGCAUUUAAUGUGUAGAUAUACAUGCAGGUGCGUUCAGACAUGUAUAGUAUUUUGGAUGUAAUAGUCAACAUUUGGGGAUGCCUCUUAAUUUUUCUUUUUUGUUCGGUGCUCCCACGGCACCAACGAGCAGCGGGUGAUCGAAAACAGCUGGCGCGUUUGACCGAUUCAACGUACACACUUUUCCCAUAGUGCUUCCCAUGCCUGCGAGGGCUCUGGGAUUGCUUGAAAAUGGUCUAUUUGUUUUGCACUGAGGGGACUCGGCAUGCUCAUAUGGUUCAGAUGUGCUAAGGAUAUUUAUGAUUAAAUUGACACUAGAUAAAACUGGUAUCCCAUCUUGGUGAAGUGCUUAUCCUUACCACUUUUUCUGUACAACUCGAGAGCUCUCCUAACUGGUAUGUGGCACAUUAUAUGAGCAUUCGAGUUUUUCUUUAGAAGGGCUUGUAUGCUAAUUGUCACUAUGUGAUUGCGUCAUUGUAACUGUUGUAUUAUAUGUUGUAUAUUCUUUUUUCAAUGUGCAUUUUAUGAAAUGCCAUAAUCAAGGAAGUUAAGACAUUUGCUUAGGGAGCAUAGGGACUCGGGUUUAAAUCGCACUAAUAGAGUGAAAAUUUGUUGUUGUUUUUUUCAUUUGUAUUUUUAUGAUUGUCCUAAGUCACAAAGUGACAUAUACUCUUUUCUUCUUGUCCUUGCAUAUAAUUGCUAGUGCUUGAAGUUCGGUAAAAUUAUGAUUUCAGCACUGCUCAUUGUCGCUAUGUUAUUGCAACAUUGCAACUAUCAUAUUGUAUGUGCUAUUUUUUUUAAUAUGCAUUUUAUUAAAUACCAUAAUCAAGGAAAGAAAAAUGGGUUUGUAGCCCACUGGUUAAAGGGGUCCUGACAAAAUUUUGUGGCUGAGACAGCCUGCAAGGUCGAUUCCCGUGAGCAUUUGUAUAUCAUCUGCAAAAUAUCAACUGCAAAUAUAGGUUGGAAGGUAUUUUAAAUCGAUUUUGGAAGUUUGCAUCUUGCCACUGACACCCUCGAAGGGAAACCUUUGAAGACCCCCUACUUCCCUUCAGUCACCAUGCUGCAGUCAAUAAAACAAGUUAUGAUGACAUCAUAGCUGCCUUUUUUGUUGCGUUUGUUAUCGGAGUCUAUACUUCUUGGCGGCUGCUUGGGAGUGCUUCGCUGUGGCACACGCUUUGAAAGUUUUGUGUUUGGCGACAUUGCAGUCAGGUUUACUAUUCGAAAGUAAUUCUUGAUGUGGACUGUACAGAAGUGUGUCACAGUUCUUUGUGCUGACUUGAUCAAGAGCUGCAUACUCUAGGUAGCGAUAGUUGCCCCUGGUGGCUUCUCGUUUUUUGGAGCUCUUUCAAACUGAUACUGAAAGUGGUCAAUUGUCAGGGGCCUGUAAUUAUCUGUCCCGUGCUGCAGCAAAUUAUGUGUCGUGUCAUGACUAACAGGCCCCCAGCAACACAUUGCAGCUGAAAAAUGCGAGGCCAAUGUUUUUGUGUCAGUACCCCUUUAAGGCAUUUGUUUAAAAGCAUGGGGGCUCAGGUUUAAACUGCAGUAAUUGAAUGAAAAUUUUUGUGUUAUGUUCAUUCGUAUUUUUAUAGGGAGGACUGUUUUAAUUCUCUUGUUGUUCUGGCAUACAAUUGCUACUGCUUGAAGUUCAGUGAAAAAUGAUUUUGCCGACAACACCUUACUAGUAUUGGUGAUUGAGUUUCAUUGCUCUGGAACCUUGAUGUUGUAUUGCAAGUGUUGUGAAAAAAAUGCACCAAGAUAGAUACAAAGGGAGUGUCUGCUGCUUACUUUUGUUGUACUUUUUGUACUAAUAAACGUUUGUGUGACCUGA